GGCCAAAUGGGGUGCCAAUGCUGCCGCAUGGUAAAAAGCUACAUCUAUGACCCGUCUGUGGCGGUGGAUGUACGAAAAACCGACUCAACGAGCAGCUCCCUCUACCAAUCCAACCACCGCACGGGCGGGGCCCCCAAUCAAGACCCUCGCAGCGGCAACAAUAAGCAGAAGCACGGCAUCCACAACCUGGGUUACAGCGACAGCACCCUCAAACUGGAGUUUGACAACAACCAUGUCAACCACAGGCUGCACGCCGUGCCGCCUCUGGCGAAGGAGCUGCACCGGCAAGCAAGCGCACCACCUGCAGAGGGGGGGCUGUACAUCAUCCAACCAGAAGAUGUAGGGCCGCGAUGGAUCGACAUAGGUCCGAGUCAGGUUCCCGUUUACCCCAAGAUAGAGGUGCUGGAGAAUCAGAGGAGCUCUAGCGAGCAGGAACACGGGACCACGAGGAACGGGUGGCACAAGACUGAAGGUCAAAGGCAGUCAGUGGACGAAACAGACGAGGGAGUGGGAGGGACGCCAGAGUACCUGUGCGACACUGGUGACGAAGGUAGCAUCUUAUCUGUGGACAUUCACACCAGCACAACCAGCUUGUCCUCGGGGGGCACGAGGGACGGACUCACACCGAAUAAGACUCCAGACAUUUCUACUGAGGAGAGCGGGAUCUCUGUGACAAAGAGCGAGGAGGACAUGGAGGGGAACGACGACGAGGAGGUGCAGAGCGUCACGGACUCUAUGGUGGCCGAGGCCCUCGCUGCCUUAGAGGCGGCCACUGCUGGAGAGGAUUGUGAGUGACGGACCACAGAGAAACUAGUCAGACUGGGACUUCAGAGAACCUGGACAGAGCAUCCAGAACUGCCAUGAAACUUUGCCAAAGGUUUGAACAAUAAAGUUUUUCUCUUAAGAUCCUAAAACGAACGAAGGAAAGCUCCGUUUACGAUAAGGAGCAGAUUUAUUUUUAAACCCGUGAACACUUCUUACUGUGACAGAACAUACGGCCGGCCUUGUGAAGGC